AUGAUGACAACGACAGCAUCACGUCCUGUCUACGACGGCUCACAGUAUGGAUGUGACUACGAUGAAUACCGCACAAUUGUAAUCCGAGAUCAAGGCUCUGUAGCUCCAGGGCAACAUCCAUAUGCAUAUGCAGGCUAUGUGCGUAGUCAGCCGGAGAUGCCAAAGCCUACGCGCCUGGUGCGAGAUGCAACUGAUAAUUGGGUCCAGGCAAUAAUCUUUCGGCUUAGCACACGCAUACCUUCGCCAAUGCAUGCCAUUCAAAGCCGUCGGAGGCACAUCAACUCAAUCUGGUCGAAUAGGGCCCAGCUACGUAAAUUGCAAUGGAAGCGUCGGAGUCGAUACACAGCGCCACUGGACAUAGAACUUACCGAUCGCGAUUUACUUCCUUCUCAACGCCAGCGGAUGCAGGAUCUAUUGCCAGGGUUUUGUCUUGUUGGCGGGAAGGAAACGGCUCUAGAUCUUGCGACUGCUCAGAUGCAGCCAUCUAGCAACUCCUGCCACUGGGAUGUUCUUGCAGAUGGCAAAAGCACGUCUUCGUGUGUCAAAAUCUCGCGCGUCCGUGUCGACGAAAUUAUUCGACAACGAGCUGGGACCUUGAAACGUAACAUCGCUGUUAGACGGAGCCGCAGAGAGCGUACACAAGUCAGUAGUACAGCGGACGCAAUGUGGGCCACAUCAACUCCAAAGAUCAAGCGCACGGUCUUCGGACACAACCACGUGCUGUGCACACACAAGAUACAACGUAGAUUCAGCUUCGAAGAUGAUGGACCAUGUAUGAACCUGAGCGCCAUCUGUGAACAAACUGAGCAAGGGGUCGCGUCAAAGCCAACAUCGAUGACCCGCGUGGACUCAGGGGCUGAACAAGUUGCAGAAGGACGAAGCACGCGCUUUCGCGAGGAAUCAGACCAGCUACCGUGCAUAGCCCGUACUUUCUCAGAGAUUCUGGGUCACGAACCCUUCGUUCCCACUGCGCUGUUAGACUGCGAUGAACAAAGUGCAGAACUAUGUAGGCAACCAAGCAGCCCGGAGGUCUACUGUAGUCCAACCAAGGAACAUUGA